AUUUUGGGUCGAGUCAUCAUCGCCCCAAGUAGAUAAAAACCACAAAUACAUCGAUGUCUCACAUAUCUCUUCUAAGUUCUCGAGCGUAAGGAUAAUUUUCUUUUCCACAUUUGGCGGAAAACCUCUUAGUGAUUUGAAGUGUCCUUUUCGGUGAAGCCCGACCUUUUUUCUUAACAUCAUGAUUUCAACUACAACUUCCCAUGGUGGCGCCCUUGGCGGCCACGAAGCCGUGGAUAGAGCCCCUACUAAUCACGUCGUGCCGAAACCGAUCCCCGACUCACAGACUCGGGAUCCUCGGAGGUACCAGCUGAAUCAGAUAAAAAGGCGCUUCUCUCCUAUAGAAAAUACGUUGCAAGACGGAACAACAAAUCUACUGUUCCAGCUCAAACCAUCCGAUCCAGACUUUCCUUUUGAGCUAGAUUAUCUAAAAUGCGAGCUUCGGGUACCUGCCUUAUAUCCGGAGAGGCCCCCUGUUCUUCGGGUCAAGAACAAGGACAUCCCUCGUGGAUUUGCCGUCAAUAUAGAAAGAGGAUGGGUCAGGCUUGUCCAUGAAAAUCAAGACUCAACUCUAUUGGCUCUUAUCAAUGCUUUGGACAAAAACCUUGAAGCAUUUCUUUCGGAGCAAAAGACCGAGACUGUGACGCUGUUAUCCUUUAAGGAUAUAAGACACCUGGAUAGCUCAGCCGCUGUGUCGGGCGAGGCUUCAUCUCCGACGGUUGAUAUACAACCAAAACCCACUCCGGUGCCUCGAAGACAAUAUGUCCCAGAGGAAUCUUUCACGGAAGAGCAAAUCGCCACUGCGAGAGCAAGACGAGCGCAAGAGAUCAGACAGCUCGAAUCUCGUAUGUCUCGGAUGCCUCAUUACCAAAAAUCCGCGGAUGGAAUUGUUUAUACUUUACCCUUAGAGCCAAGGCGACGGAAUGAAUUGCCGAUGGGGUUACAGCAAAUUAAAUCAGUUCAGUUGAUCAUCCCCUUGCUUUACCCCCUACAGCCCUUGAGAGCUCUGCUUAAUAACGUCGAGUCACAAGAUGCUGAGGCCCUAGAAGAAAUAUUUGCACAAAGGGCUGCCCAACAGAAGCAGAUGAACUUGACGAGUCAUCUAAAUUAUCUCUCUCAGAAUAUUCACACAAUGGCUAAACAGGCCCACGCAGCAAAAAUGCCAUCUGAGGUGGCUUCAAAGGGUGAUAGCGAGGUAGCUGAUACCAUAUCUCAACAGACGGUAGCCCCCAAAAAUGCCAGUGACGACGGAAGAAGUCACAUUCAAGUCAUUCCUCGCCCCCCAGAGUGGAGCUUCGGUAAUGAAUCCGGAGAGUCAGACAAUUCUGACGAUGAUUUCUGGGACUCGGAAGACGAAUCUGACGACGGGGGUGCGGCGAUCGGCAUACGGAACGAAGGCGUCUCAGUUGCUACACAGCAGGCCGAAAAGGGCACGGCGAUGUCAUUCCCAUCAAUCGAACUGCAUGGUAUCGAGCUACUCCAAGUAUCAAUAUUGAACCUUAGCGUUAAGUGCGAGCGCUGUAAAACAUUAAACGAGGUAACGGGGUUAAAGCCAGAGGUAGAAAAGACAGGCAGCUGUAAGAAGUGCGCCACAGCAUUUACGGUUAAGUUCCGUCAGGAGAUGGUGCAUCAGAGCUCGACCAGGGCCGGAUUCAUCGACGUUGCCUGCUGCACCGUCGCCGACAUGCUUCCUAGCACAUUCGUGCCCACAUGCUCUAGAUGUUCGACGCCGAGUCAGGGGCUAGUAACCGUUCGAGGAGACGCCAUCACCAACGUCUGCCGAGAGUGCCACGCCAAGUUCACCUUCAAGAUCCCCGAGGUCAAAUUCCUCGCCAUCAGCCACGGGUCUCUGCCGCCGCCCGCGGCCGGGCCGCGGAAGCGCGUAGAGAAACUGGGCCUGCAUGCAGGCGACCCGCUGCCCGAGAAGGGCACGUGUCGGCACUACCGGCGGUCGUACCGGUGGUUCCGCUUCUCGUGCUGCGCCAAGGUAUACCCGUGCGACAAGUGCCACGACGCGUCCGAGGACCACGCGCAGGAGUGGGCGAACCGGAUGGUGUGCGGGUGGUGCAGCCGGGAGCAGAACUACGCGGUGGAGGCGUGUCUGUUCUGCGGCCGCAGCGUGAUCGGGAAGAAGGGGAGGGGGUUCUGGGAGGGGGGUAAGGGGACUAGGGAUAGGAACAGGAUGAGCAGGAAGGAUAAGAGGAAGUUUCGCCGCGUGGGAGGGAGUGAGGGGAGGAAGAAGGAUUAGGGGGGCUGUGAAGUUGGGGAUACGGCGGCUUUGGCUGUUCACGUUGACCAGAUGUUGUAAAUAUUGAAAUGGUAUGGGUGAAGGUUUUUGUGGGAUAAAAUCUGGUGAUCUGCAAGUCCGGAAUUUAUGCCUUCAAUCUAAUGCCUCUUGUUCAGAGGUAAGUAGACGCAUAUAUAUGGGCAAGUUAUGGAUUGUAGGGGGAUGGGACUUCAUAUAAACAAAUACUGACCUCGAGUAGGGAAAGCUACGAUCACUCUACACACUUGAAAGAGACGAAAAUAACUAAUAAUCUUAAUGCUAAAAUCAGAAAUGGUUGGGCGUGAGGGAUAUUAAUGGAGAUAGGAGUAAAUCAAGUCCCCUUUACCUUGGCUUGCCUUCUUAUAGAUACCUACCUAUAUUUUGGGUCCGACAAGGCAAAUGGCCAUGUCCUUUGUUCUAGAUGUCUCAUCUAGAAUCCGGACACAACCUUCAGCUCAAUGCCUAGUAGCUCUACCAACCUUGUCC